AUGUCUUCCCACGGCAGCUCAAAUACCGGUUCGAAGACGUCGACCGGGAUGGCUUCUCAGGUCAAGACACCGGCUAAUGCUGGCAUUGGCGAAGACAGGCCCAGGGUCUUCGACUCGCAAGGCUCCGUUGGCAAACAGUUCACUGAGAGUGGUGCUUUAGGCGGCGCAGCGCAGAAGAUCGGUGGUCCUUUGGAUAAGGAGGGCAUGGUCGGAAAGCAAUUUACGGAGGAGGGAAAAAUUGGCGGUUCUGUACAAUCUGCUCUCGGGGGCACAAAAGGCAGAAGCAAUUAA